AUGACCCAUUUUUCUACUGAAAUGCUCGCUCUACCUAUCCAUGAGACAGGGGUUGAUGACAACUCGGUAUGCCCAAGACAAUUAUCGGAACCUCCACUUGACUAUUCGAAAUACAAAGAGCAAUUACAGAAGCUUGUGGACAUGAAUAAGGCCCGAAUACAAGAUGUCUCGCAAAACGUACAGCCGCAUGUAUCAGCAUCGGAUGGAUCCAAUACAGAACACCGGCUGCACCCUCUCAGACCUAGUUAUGCUACCUAUGAGGCUGCACAUCAUUUACAAAUACCUCGGAAUGAUGAUAAUGUGUCAACGGUCGGCUUUCUGGUUAAUAGCAACGAUCGCCAAGCCGAGGUAGAUUUCUUCGAGAAUCCGCGUUUCGAAAACGACGAUGAUGAAUUUAUCACGUUCACAGCUCAUUGGAAAUCUUCGCGAGUGACAAGUGACGAUUUAGUGGGUUUGUCUGUGUACAGAGCACAGCAACUUGUGGAGGAAGAGUUUGGGUUGGAAAUAUUGAAUCAAUGGAAGAAGCGCUUAUUGGUGCAAAGGCAAAUCAGGGGAAAGGCAUGGCACCCGUGGUCUAUCCAGGAACUACGAACCCCUUUACUAGACCAAAAAACCGAUAUGGCGACGUUUGAAGCAGUCUGGACGCCGACAAACGUUUCCCUGAGUGAGAUCAUCAUACACUCUGAAGGUUAUGACGAUGCUAAAAAUGCGGUCGUAGAGAGGUUUGGAACGAAUGCUUGGAAGCGACAAGAAGCCAAAUUGGUAGCUCGCCGGCGCCGAACUAUGAGAAAGCGCAGAUUCGCUCGAGGCCGUGGAUGGAGUAGAUAG